AUGGCUGGAAAAGCAGGGGAGCCCCGUGUCCCAGCCACCUUGCAGAAAUCCCGCCUGAAGACCGAGGAGAAGGUUCUGGACCUUGACUUCCAGCUGGAGAGCGUGCAGUUUAAUGAACUAGGGAGGUACGCCCUGCGGUUGACCGCCGAAAAUCCUCUGGUGGAAGGGUCAGAAGCUGGGGUGCAGCUGCGGGUGAACGAAGGAGAAGCGCUUCAUACCAACACGGCCACCACCAACGUGGUGGAACAGACCAACCUCAGCGAAGUCUACACGUUUGAGAAGCGGAGGUUUCUCUUCAUCCUGCCCAAAGGUUUCUGCAAAAAUGAUAAAAACCAUGAUGCUCGUCUGCGGAUUGAAGCUUUACGCCAGCGUGGGUCCUUCCUGAAGACCAACGUGAAGACUGGAGAAGCUUUCUUUGCUAUUUACCCCCGCACUAACCAACCUAGAAUAAACCUCUUUGCCAGCAAGGACGAAGAUUUAUACCGUUAUAGUGAUAUUAUGGUGCUUCUCCGGGCUGGUGGCAAUGACUUGGCCAUGCAUUGUGGGAGGUUGGCUUACACGGUAUCGUUCCAUGAGCAUCGACCCGGAGCCAAGAGAGAAAUACCCAUCACGCCACGUCAUCUUUCUCCUUUGGUCCCCCGCAAGGAAGAUAAGAUGCAGGUGGAGGUGGGAAGCUCUUAUCUGGCACCUUUACAGUUGCUGGGGGUCCAGCCAGAGAGGACCCCAGGCAGUGCACUUGAACGACCAUCUCAGAUGCCGCCGACUGCAGAAUCCCAGAUUCGUGGGCACUCACCAUACGGCCUGCUGGAGUCCGAGAAAGAAGUCCCCGAUGAAGAUAUCCAAGACUUUUUAGAAGAACAAUCCAUCUUAGUAGCUUCUUCUUCUUCCUCCUCCUCCUCUUCACUCGCACCAGCUUUGCCAAGAAGCAAAACCACUUCAGAAGAAGACAGCAAGCAGCCAGCUCAGGCAGUGACCCAUGUCCCUGCACAACCCACGCAUGCUCCAACCUGGGAGGAAAGAGUGACAGUGGAAAUUGAUUCCAGCAAGGCAGGAGAAGAAGAUGUGUCUCUCACCAUAGCUGACAAGGACUCCAAAGAAAUUCUUGUGAAAUACAACAUCCCUGUGAAAUACCUCCGUCCUUUCCACCAUUAUCACUGUGCCUUGGUGCUGCCUCGGAAGAAGGACCAAACAGGAACCAAGUUAUAUGCAUCCAUCAUUCGUAAACGUAGCCUCAUCCCACGCUAUGCCGGAGUGAACUACACAGGGCUGGAGGUUUUCCUCAAAGGGAUCAAUGAACCUCUUGCACAGCCUGGUGGCAAAGUCAAAGCCGUUGCUAGAAUAGUGAAUAACCUUGGAGCCUACGUACAGAAGAUGCAAGCUCGGUUACCUGAUGCUCCUGCCGUUCCCUUGACCGUGGUGAAUUUCCCAGAUCCUGUAAUGGAGGAUUUUGAUGUCCCUCGAGUCAACAACCAUGGAUAUCCACAGGUGUCUUCGCUUGGCGGACCUCCUGAACAACCCAUGUGGAAUACUUCCUUCCUGUUUCAAGGAAGGGAUGGUGCUACCGCUUUUUCAGAUGAUACGGCCUUGCUCAUUGAAUACUAUAGAUCGACACCAGGAGAAGAUCUGGAAGGCACAUCAAAGUUUUUAGGCUAUUCCGUGCUGCCACUGACCAACCGAGUUUACCGAAAACUUGCAGCAGAUAGUAGCCGAAGUGGAAUUAGGGUAGAAAAUCUACCCAUCCAGGAUACCACUAUGAAAACCACAUCUGGUGGACUCCCAACUGUCCAACUUGGCCUUCAGUUAGUCAAUUCAGAGAGGCCAGAUGGGUUUCUGACUUCAUCAGCCACAAAUGGACUUCCCGUCCUGGAUCCAGAGUUGGUGGGAGAGCUCGGGACAAUCAAGGAACCGUGGACAAGGCCAACUUCCAAAACUGAACAGAAGACUACUUCGGCUAGAGAGUCUGAAACAGAUAAUUACCGUGCAGCCCUGAAAAAAAUGGCGGAUGACAUCCUGUCCUUGCGCCAACAUAUUUCCACACUGGAGAGGGAAAACAGUGCCUUGAGACGUAACCUUGCCUUGCAUGAAGACAUUGGCCGGUCUCUUCUCCAAGACUUCGAUCUGGAUGUUAUGACCAAGGCAGAAAUAGUUGACAGAAUAAUGGCACUCAAGCAAAAAUUAUCUUCCGGGGCUCGGGAGAUGGCCCGGAUGAAGGAUCGGAUACAAAGACUGCAAAACGAAUUGAUUAGGAAAAAUGACCGAGAAAAAGACCUGGUGAUGUUACAAAAAGCCCACCAACAACAGCAGAUGGUGCUUCGAAAAUAUCAAGCCAAGAUGGCCAAGAUGCAAACCCUUGAAGAUGCGGUCCGGCAGCAGGAAAAGGUAAUCGAGAGGAUGGAGAGGAUGUUGGAAGGGAAGAUGAAGGAACGGAUCAAAGAGGCCUCUUUUGGAGAGUUAUCCAAAACGGCUGGUAAGUAAACCACAGCAGGUGACAACUGGUCCAAAGAUGUCUACUCCACCCUAUUGAUGGAGAACAUGAGGCUACGGGAUGAACUGGGGAAAUCUUCUUUUCGUUCACCCAUCAUAUUGCAGCAACAAGCCUUACCCGAUACAUUUUCAACCAGCUCAGAAAAGCUCUCGUUGGUUUCAAAGCUGGAGAAGGCUGAGGCACGUAUACUUGCCUUGGAACACCAGCUGGGGGACUCUGCCAAGAACUGGGGCCGAGAGAAGCAGAGUUACAACUCUCGUCUGCUUGAAAAUGACCUUGGAUUUGACCGAUCGCCGUCCUCGUUCAUAGUUCAUGACAUUUAUCCGAACGAGAAGGAAAGGAGAGAGGAUGAAGAAAAGUACAAAAACUCAGGGAAGGUCAUACAAAAGUAGCCAGUUAUGGGGCCGAAUCUCCUUAUAGAAACCUCAUUAAUCCAACACAACUCAAGAGCCGUUGGAGUCCACAGCCUUCGACUCUAGUCUGGGAGGAGACCCUGGAAUUCUACCUGGUGCAGCAGAACAUAAUAUCUAUUGUAAAAUAUAUACAGUUAUAUACCUCUUUCCUGGAGAGAUGAGCUGAAUACAGACUUCUCUGUAAACUACAUGACAGUGUUGGUGCCUGUGAUGUAAAUUUUGUACGGUA